UUAGGAAGAACGCGCACAAGACUGUUGACACAAGGCUGUCAACGCGUGGGAAAGAAGACGCUGUUAAUACGUUAAUUUAACUCCAACCAGUGUAGUGUCCGGUAGUUAUUAUACGAAUUAGCUUCAGAAGCACCACGCGAUCAUUACGCGAUGCAAAACGCCGCCGUCUGGCCCAAGGUCCAUCCUCAGCUAGCAAUCGGCUCAAUGUGAGAACAUAGCAAAAAAUGGAGAACAUUCGUAGUGCAAACAGUGAAACCAGCGUGCGGCACGUUUUGGGCUGCGAGGGUUUUGACAGCCAAAGUGAAGCCAAAGAUACAUCGUUCUAUCAGAACACGAGCGCCCGCAACGGGCCAACAGCCGAUGGAUGUUACCUCAAUGCCGUGUUCAACGACAGCAGUGAAAGCUUCGUCGGGGAUGAUGAGGGCGAUACCGUCGCAAGCUUCGGUACAACAGGUUCCGAUCCGACUGUCGGCAACACUCCAUCAGCAACGAUUCGGCUGACAGUUCCAUCAUCACCCAUGGUUUCCGCGGACGGAUCGCAACCCUUCCGUCGAAGCCACUCGAUGCGAUCGUCCUUUAACUCGUUGCGUAGCUUGCGUACGAAGCUAAAGCACAGCACAAACGCAUCCUCGACCGGUGGCGGUACUGUGGUAGGCGCUCACGGGGGUCGUAGUGUCUACUGUCAUCUACCAACUGUUGGUGAUCUGGCCAGAUCUCCAUCAGCUGGGCCGGGCACAAAAAAACGAUCCGCCAGCCGUAACAGCUCUAGCAGCAGCAGCUCCAGCAGCUUACACUUCACACGAUCCACCGGCGAUGAUAUGCGGCGAAGCUUAAGGAACAAGCUGCACAAGCUUAAAAUUACCUACAACGAGUUGCGUCGUCUCCAGACGAAGGUGCUGCAGGACAAACGCGCCGCUGACGACGAGUGCUCCAACGGUUCGGAAUGUGCCGUCCUGCCGGAAAACAUUCCUCCCAAAGCGGCCGCCCUGCUUAUGGAAGGAUUUACCCGAACGAACAGUGUUCAAAGUUCGCUGAAAGUUCACCGAAGGCCACCAGAAGCCAACACCGCCAUCGGUGUGAUACGAGCCAGCUCGGUGCGGGCGAAAGAUGCACGUCCUCCGCUCCCUUUCGCAAAGGCUGACCGGCCGGUAGAAAGUUUGGCGACAGCGGAUCAGGGUACGAAUUUAAAAGUGGUCAGAAAGCAACCGAAACAAGAAGCAGAGCCAACGUCAAACUUGGCAGUAAUCGGCGGGAAGCCAUCGCAACCGGUGGAACCGAGGAAGGAGCAGCACAAGGUGAUGUCUGAAGUUGAAGUACCAAACCGACCGGUUGACCAGCAAUCGGCAUCACAUGGACAGCAUGCCCAGCAGCAGGAACCGGCACCGCUUACCGUCACGAGGACUGCCACCAUACGGAAAGGAUCGGUGUGGGCGAACAAUACGACCAAAAUCAGUCUGCCGGAGCUGGUCACCCGAUCACUCUCGAACCUCGAGCUGCCAAGUUGUCGCGUGCCCUGUCCCAGCAUUAUACCACGGCCGUCCGACGCGUCCACCUCGCCCAACCACAAAUCGGCCGCCAGUUCCAGCUGUUCGCUGUCCACGAUCGAAACGCAAACCGUGACCGCAUCGGUUCAAUCGCUGCCCAUCACAAUCGCCACCGCCACCACCACCAGCACCGUUUCGUUGACGUACGAAGAUGAGUUAUCCCGCAGCCCGGGCCGAAGGAAACCGCGAAACUCGCCGCUCGGUUCCCUGCUGGCUGCGGUCACCUCACCCGUACUGAGCCGCAUCUCGAGCGCCAGUUCACCCAACCUUUCCAGCAGCUGCUCGUCACCGUCGUCCGCUUCCGGCAGCCGGAUGGAGUAUCUGCUACCCCACCAGCAGCAUCCGCCGGGCGCGGGUGCUGGACCGGCAACGUCACAACAAAUCCUACCAAAACACCGGCAACAUUCGCCGAAGAUUAUUAAGAAAACGCGCCAUCUCUCGACCAGCUCGGUCGAGGAGCCGGACGGCUGCGAGCUGAAGGGGGGUGGCAAGAGUGGCCGCCACACGGUCAACAAUGGCAACGCGGAAGCGGAACGUAAUGCACGCAAUGCGCAACACUUGCUGCUACGUUCGAACCGGCUCACCGUGAGCGAUAAUCAUAAUUUAAGCAACAGUGGUGGAAACAAUGGCACAACGAUCACCACCGGUACGACCAACUCGGUCGACGUUUUGGCCGUUCACAACGGCAAAAGUGUGUCCCCGUUGCCAUCGUACCAGCAGCAGCAACUGCAGCAACAGUCCGUAGCGGCACCACCGUCCUACUGGAAGCAGAAGAAGCUUCCGAACAAGAAACAGCACAAACAAAUGCAGGCACAGCUAGACAAAGUGAACCAAAUUAACAUUCAUCUGCAUGCCCUAUUCUCCGCCGUCGAGCAUGGCCACCUGGAAAAAGCACGCACCAUCCUGGAAAGCACGGACGUGGACGUUAAUAGUCUGAACAGCGACGGUCUCACGCCACUGGAUGUGGCCGUGCUCAGCAAUAAUCGUUCGAUGACUAAAAUGUUGCUCCAGCAGGGCGCCAUCGAGAAUGCACAUUCUGUGCACGCGGCCAACAGCAACAUGGGACUGCAUCUGAACAAUCUGCUCGGCGAGGCCGAAGCGACUGUGCACGAGCUGGGCAACUUCGACGGCAAUCAGCCGGGCAUGACCGGCAACGACCGGACCGGAUCUGGGGCCAACGCCGGCAAAACUACCUUCUCGAACAUCAUCGGCAGCAGCGGUCCAUCGGUUACCAGCUGUACCGGGAGCGAAAUCGACAAGCAGGUGGGGCUGUGGGAGCGUCGUGUGAAGGGGCUCCGGCGGAUGAUACUCGGCUGGGACCAAACGAAACCGCCCGAUGUGCCGAACCGUAUCGACAUCGACGUGACCGGUUGCAGUGCGGUCAGCUUGCGGUUGUACGAACCGCUGGAAGGUGCCAUAACUACCAAAUUCAAAGUGCAAUGGUCAUCCCGGUCAGAUUUUAGCAACGUCGUGGGCGAACGUGAAAUCAGCGAAUGGUGCAGCUUCCACGGGUGCAUGGGUGCGGUCUGCAAUCUGAACGAGCUGAUCCAGGGCCGGCGAUACUUCUUCCGAGCGUGCGCUGGCAACGUGAAGGGCUGGGGACCGUACAAACUAUCCGUCCCGAACUGUGUCGUACCAUCGAGCUGGCGAGACGUCGAGGGCCGAGACAAUCGAUUCGCCGGCAAGCAGCGCAAUCUGGACGAGCUGUUCAACGCCGUCCGGCUGGCACGGCCCGACGAUGCAUCCGAGAUCGCGCUCGACGGCGGACAGCAGCAGAAACGUGCGACGAAAAAGAAAACCACCAUCAAGCAACUGUUUUCGGCGGCGUCCAAAUUUCAGAAGAAUCUCAAACGGGGCAUCUAUCUGGCCUGCGUCCUGUACCACGAGGAUAAGCUGCUGCUCACGAACGAAGACUUUGUGCCGGUAAUUGAGAUUGAUGAAACCUUCACCAGCAAUCUACACACGGACUUCUACUGGCUGAUGAAGGUUGCCUGCACAUGGGAUGACGUGAAGCUGCUGCGGAUGGACAUGGAACGGAAUGCGUCGUCGGCGAUACACUUCCGCACGAAGUUGUUGUCUGCCGCAUGCCAGAUGCAAUCCUCCCUAUCGAUUACCGAUCUCGGCCAGCUGUUCUAUCGCCCGUUACGGGACGUGCACGGUACGGUGGUGCUGUCCUGUGUAAACUGUAUAAAAAGUCCCAAAGCGGUGUCGGUGCUCAACUCUCGCUGGAUACAGCUGAACAAAAUCCACAAAAAGCUCGCCCUCUCGACGGAGGACAGCAGCAUUAACGAAAUUCUAAUGAACUCCAUCCAGGAACAGAUCAACUAUCACCAGGUCUCAAACAUCCGGCUUUCGCGCGGGCUGUACGUAGGUUAUCUCAAGAUGCAAAGCUCGGUGGACGUUAUCCAGGUGGUGGUACCGGUGAAGGCACCGAACGUGCUGCCGCACUGUAAAAUUCGCGACAAUCCUCACGUGUCGGCCGAGGAAUGGGAACUGAUUAAGCAGCACAAACCCUCGAGCAUUUUGGAAUUUCGACCCAAACAUCAAGGUCCCACCGAGGUGCAGCUGCACUUCCUGGAACUGCUCACGAAAGCCGUCCACAACCUGUUCCAGUACAUGGACAUCCCGGUGGAUGUGGCGGUCGCCCACCGGCUGUACGACGUGGAGGUGAUCGAGCUGAACGCGGACGUAAGCUUCCUGAUCAUUUGUCCGCCGGCGGAAAGUAGCUGCGCCGUGCCGGGACAGAAGGAAAGCUUGCUGCAGCGCGGCGAUCUGUUCUCGAUGCCGAUCCAAGCGUUCGAGAUGAUACAUCUGAAAACGUACCAGAGCAGCAUCAUACAGAAGUACUCGCGGCUGUCCUGCAUUCUCGAGCUGGACACGAUGCUUGCCAACCAUCUGCACCGGGAAGCGUUUAGCAGCUCGGAGCUGCAGAAAGCGAAAGAUCGGUUGGCGAAGCUGCAAGAGCUGUCGGGCGGGUUAAACACCAUCUGGAAAGGUGUGCGAUGGUUGAUGGACGUGAUCGGCUAUGCGCGCGAUCGUGCCAACAUGCCGGAGCUGAACAUGAAACAGAUACUGGACUACAAGACGACCUACUUCGGUAAACUGCCGAAAAAUGGCGGCGGUGAUAAGAAAAAGGGUGGCAGCGAAUCGCAACUGCUUCAUCCGCCCGGCACGGCACCGCCGGGCGCGAACAGCUUCCACAAGAGCAGCCCGGGCCGUGGAUCGUGGCCCGGCCCGGCGGUAGAGAAUACGCUCGGUCACAACGGUCUGCUGGACGCGGAACACUCCAAGUCCGAGCAACUGCUGAAGUACAACAGUGCCCGGUUUCUGAACGUGAGUCAGGCCGGCUCGCGGAAGAACAGUGCCGACUCGAACUCGGUCGCUACGCACAGCAGCUACUACUCGGUGACGGGCGUAGAGCCGGAGAAGGAGUUUGUGGUGGUGCCACGGUUGCCUCCGUCACGGUCGGAAGAUACGCUCAACAGCUCGCAUCAUCACGGAGGCGAUGGAAAGCUGCCCGGCGGCACGAUCGGCAUGGGUGCGGGGAACAAAAAGCGACCACCCACCAUCUACUCCAGCUACUCCGCCACAUCCAGCCCGUUGCUUAACGUCCGCUCGCCGUUUCUAGUGCCGAUGGUACCAACUGCCAGUCCGGUAAGUCUCGCACCGAAGGUAACGGUUCCCGUCGAGGAUAUUGAAAACUCCAGCAAGCAGCAGGUGGUUGGCACGGGUGUCGGGCAGCAAGCAGUCGCUCCCCUUGCCGCCGUAACCGUGGGUGGUGCCGUUCCGUUUAAACUGUUGGCCAAAAAGUCACGUGAUCAAGCGUUGAAAGCGAUCAAUUUUAUUGAACGAGAGCAGCAGCAAGAGAUGGAAAUCUUCGAGGAGACUAAACCCAUCCUAACGACGACGUACCUUAAGCCAACGCUGGCCGCCCUGCAGCACGAAGCGAAAUCCUACCAGCAGCCGGAAGUGGCGGAACCGCGUGAAGGAGUAACGGUCCCGGGGCAGGAAGCGCCACACCCUCCCCACACACCAAGUUCCGUUGCGAUUACGGUGGAGCAGACGCUGCCGGUCGGGCCGGGCGAACCGGACGAGCCAAGCGCGCCGGAACCGACCACCGAAACGGCCACCGGUGGAACCGUAGCAAACGCCACCAGCAUCCUGCAGGUGUACGCCGCCUACGAGACGGGCUUACCGAGCGGAACUUCCCUGAAGCUUCGCGUUACGCCCAAAACGAGUGCGCGCGAGGUGAUCGAUCUGGUCGUGAAGCAGCUCAACAUGGCGGUGGUGUUGAAGGGUCGCGAAGGCCCCAUCUACACACCGGAACGGCUGGACAGCUUCUGUCUGGUGGCGGUGAUCGGCGCACGGGAACGCUGCUUGCGUGACGAUUUCCGCCCGCUGCAGCUACAGAAUCCGUGGCGCAAGGGUCGGCUUUACGUGCGCCAGAAGCAUGAGCUGCUGGCCGCGAUCGAACAUUCCAACCGGGAUACGGCGGACAUUUAAAUUCGUGCGACGAUGUGAUAGUACGGCGGCAUGUUUCGAACCGUGUAGUUGUUGUUUCAAAUUUUGUUAUGCCCUUUCCGAGGUACUUUAGUGACACCACACCACUAAGUAACACACACGCACACACGUGUGGUCGACUUGUUUGUAAAUUAUUUGCACAGUUCUGUACAUUUUGUAAAACUGAUCUACUAAUAGGCGUGGACAGUGAUCGUAAGCUUAAGUGCAAACGGUAAGAAGAGACGAUCGUAUUGGGUGUUUUUACUAACCUGACGAACAAACGAAGAGAGCUGAGGAAAUAAAUGGUAGGCCAGACGGUAGAGUAGCUUGUAGAAAGUAAGAAGAGCAAAAGGACAGAUGUUUUGUAGGUUAUGCGAAGCAAACGCAAUUGACAAAAGUAGAGCUCAUUUGCAUCGACACGAGCUACACAAACUAGGGACAAGCAAACCAAAUACCAAAAAACCUUUAAUGACCGAUUGGCGGAUCUCUGGAGAUGGGCUGUAAAGGAUCGCCCAUCUAAAAACAGAAUGGGGAAGAAUUUAGCAGAUCGAUGUAAUUUGAACCACAAACCUACUUAGGGUACAUCAGCAGUUUGAUUCAAACCACAAACGCAAAUCAAUUACUCUCAACGGCAGAUGAUAGAUGUUUUUAUUUUAACCCUUUUUAUACGGAGAGUGAUCAGCUUAUUACUAGUGGUAGCGAUGGACGAAGGUAAUUAGACUAGAGAGAUAGAAAGAGAGAGAGGGAGAGAGAGUAUAUAUAUAUUAGUAAAAAGAAAGUCCGCGUAAGUAUACAUUCUGUAAACUCUAAUUGCCAGUGAAUUGUGGGAGAAUCCUAACAAGAAGCAGCCAACAUCCUACGUUCAUUCGAAUCCGUUAGCGUGCAAUUGUAACAGGGGGAAAGGAUUGCUUUUGGUUCUCGUUUGCACACACACACACACACACACACACAGGGGAGUUUAUCGAUCUCACAUUCUAAAUCAAUGUUUGCAAUAGACCCAUUUCAAAUGUAGGGAUUUUAGCACCUCACAGGACAAACAGAGAGAGAGAGAGAGAGAGAGAGAGAAAGAGAGCUGUAGGGCGUGAUAGAAAGGAACCAAGCAUCUUGAACAUUCUAAUACCCCCCCUUACCAAUAGUAUCGAGCUUAGUGUAUUUGACCACCAACAGGACAGGAAAAUACUACUACCACACACACACACAUACACAUUUUUGGAUAUCUGGAUAAUUCUGGCACAAUCUUUUAGACAAGCGUCUUGGUAGAGACCCGGACUGAGAAGGCCCCAUGGCGCACCGUCAACCCGAUAACACUUAGAUAGCUCAAUUGAAACAACGAUCAAUAGAAACCACAAAUUAUGGAUCACACACACACAAAGCAGAAACUACAUCGACAAGUUUUAUCCUAGAGUUGAUCAAGCAUCGUUUACGGAAACAAUAGUAGAGAUCCAUUUUUUAGUGAUAUUUAGAGGAAAAAAAUUUGAAUCAAAGUACGCAUGACCCAGAUGGACGGAUCGCGAACGAGACGUAGGGCGCCAAUUCUCCACCGGAUCCUGUUUUUUAACGAUACACCAAAUAACCGUGCGGAGGUUAGACGCUUAAGUACGAAAAAUUUGAUAUUAAUGUUGGUUGUUCGGCCCGAGCUAAAAAUCGAACAUUUGAAUCGAUGCUGCGAUUUUCCAUAUGGUGGUGUGAUAGCUGGAGGGCAUUAAAAAUCCGGUACAACCGUGUAACCACAAUUAGACGUUCGAUCUAAUGCGAGUAGCAGCUGGGUAGCGGUUUAGAAUAGAAAAUAGCAGCAGAAGCAGCAAUCCCUUUGAUGAACAAAAAGAUGCCCAACACGGAGAAAACCCCCCACCAUUAACUAAUCAUAUGUGGUGUUAUUUAGUGUGAGACCAGAACGAAACCAGCAACAAAUAGGAACCAUUAGCUACAGACUAGCGAUAACUGAUGACCUUUUGGGGGGGGGGGGUUGAAGGUGAAACAAAAAUUCGAAUGGUGUAAAGCGAGCGUUUUAUCCCCGUCCGGUAACCGCCGGAACACGUGGCUGUGGCGAAGCGUGUGUUGGACGGGACGCGGACACAGCUAAACAUCGGUUUAUUAGUGUGUAUGUAUGUGUGAAAGUGCAGAAAACGAGAGGAGGACGUGCGAGAAAAUUGAAAAGAAGAAAAAACCUGUGCAAAACCCCCCACUUGGACACCAUCGCAGAAGGAGAGCUAAGAGAAAAAUGCACCAGAUUCUAUCCAUGUUGAUCAUA